AUGCACAGACUCCCUUAUAUCCCGAAAACAUCAGACGAACCGCUCGCCAGGGUUCAACCCUUCAGUACAACAACGCUCUACUCAACUCCAAACCACCAAUCUCAAAAAAGUGGAAGGCACCUGAAUAUUUUCUUUCAACCUCAUUUUGGUCAUCGCAAGUUGACCGAAAUCAAGGGGUUGGCAGAGAAUGCGUCGGGCAUUGGGUCCAGUGGGCCGAUCGGUAUUUUCGGCCGGCUUCUGAGUUAG